UUGGUCAAUCUUGGCCAUGGAUUCACCUUGUUUCUUACUUGGACUCCAGGUGGCAUCACCCCAUGAACCCCAAUGACCGCUCAAUAAAAUAAACUCAAAAAAUGUGAUGAAAAGUUUGAAAGGAACACGAAAAGAAACUUAGAAUACAAAAAGAAUUGGUACUUUGAUGCUUCACGUUCUUGGUGCUUUUUGAGCUAAAGGGUACUUUACUUGGGAGGGGUUCUGGCUUUUGAAACGUCUUUUAUAAAUCAAAACCUUACUUUUUUAUUUGUAUUGGAUGGGUUUUGGAGUUGGGUUUUUAUGUAUGUCAAGGCAAAGGCAAUCAGUUUUUGCGGAGAUAUGUCUGAGACUGAGAGCAGAAGCAAUGAAAAUAGCAAUGACAUCAAGCUCUUUGGGAGGACCAUUCCAUUGCUUCAAACUCAGAUUGAAGCUAUCACUGGCAAGAAUUCCCAGGUUCCACCCAAGUCUCAAUUCAUGGAUUCUUGCAGUGAAUUAACAAAAGCAGAAGCUGAUGGCCCUUGUGCAGAAAAUUCUGUGCAGGCAGGGACUUCAGCGAUUUGCAAGAAGGAAGAAAAAAGUCGGAUGCAGGUGAAUGAGGCAAGAGUAAAUGCUAAAACCAAUUCAAAACAAGCGGAGAACAGAAUUUUAGAGCAAGAGGAAGAUUUUCAGAAGCCAGACAAGGCCCUUCCUUGUCCACGAUGCAACAGCCUAGACACAAAGUUUUGUUACUUCAAUAACUACAAUGUCAACCAACCUAGGCACUUCUGCAAAAACUGCCAAAGAUAUUGGACAGCUGGGGGAACAAUGAGAAGUGUUCCUGUGGGUGCUGGGCGACGAAAGAACAAGCAUCUUGCUUCCCAAUACCAUCAGAUAAUAGUAUCCUCUGAUGGAGUACCAUCAACCAGGUUAGAAACCACAGAUUCCAUUAACCAUCAACUUCUCUCAUGCAGAAAAUCUUUAAGCACUUUUGGUCUUCCAGAUAGAGCUGGAACAGUACUAAAAUUUGGCCAUGAAGCACCUCUUUGUGAAUCUAUGGAUACUGUGGUUAAUCUUAGGGAUCCAAGGACCUGUGUUGAGAUAGGUUCUGUCAGUGGCAGAGAAAGUGGAGACGAGCCCUCAUGCGUGUCUUCCGUGACAGUAUGUGGUAACCAGGGAAGUGAAUUAUCCAAAAAUAUUUUGCAGAGGGAUAGGAUUGGGUUACAAGGGUCUUGUAGUGAGCCUAAUAUCUCACCUCCUUUGAAUUACUACCCAGUUGCUCCAUUGGUUUUCCCUUGGAAUCCAGGUUGGCGAAAUGCAGCUUCUCCUGCAGCACCACAGCAUUCUCAAUCCAUUUGUGUACAAAAUUGCACGGCUCCUAAUCAAGUCCAGUGGUACCCCACACCAGUUCUGGUCGUUCCUGGCCCUUGCCCACAAAGCAUUCCCUUACAAACUGUUCCAGCACCGUAUUGGGGCCUUUUGCCCGUAUGCCCUGCUGGAAUGGGAAAUUUAUCGUUGUCUGGAUCUAAUGGUUGCUUAUCUCCAUCAUCCUCUACAAGUAAUAGUUGCUGCUCAGGCAAUGGCUCACCGAUCCUUGGCAAGCAUUCGAGGGAUUCAAAUAUUAUGGAUGAAGAGAAAUCAGAAAACCGUGUUUUGGUUCCAAAACCUUUGAGAGUUGAUGACCCGGAUGAGGCUUUGAAGAGUCCUAUAUGGGCCAGUUUAGGCAUUAAGCGCGACCUCAAAACGCGAGUUUUUAGAACAUCAAAAUCUAUGACAGAAGGCAAGAGCCAUAUAUUCAUCCCCAAUCAUAGAAGCAAUUCUAGCAGCUCUUUCUGAGUCUCAUAAUUCCAAGAAAGUACAUGAAGCGUCUCCUUUGUAUUCUUGCUUGAAAGACAUGAGCUGUCUCAUAGCCAUAUUGCUGGUUCUUGCUUUCAGGGCAGAUGGUUUUCUCACUGUUCUUGGCUCGGUGCAUUUUGCACUUCGAACUGAAUCGUUCACCAUGGUAUAAUCUAGGAUUUUGAGUUUUGAUAAAAUACAGAAGUUUAAAUACAUCCUUUUGAGUGCUCAUUUGUAAAUAUAUAGUUAGCAACAGUGAAUACUUGUUAAUGGCCACUGCCUCAUGGCUUCCAGUUCAAUUCAAACACUCUUUUAUAUGUACAGAAAUCAAGUGGGAAACAGUGUUUGCUUCA